AUGCCUAAUGACGCUUUCUGGUCCCAAGUAGAGUCACCAGCGCAAUCUUGGAGCUGGCGAUGCAUCUUGCGUCUAAGAGAGAUACUGUCUCGGUUUUUAUUCAGUGAAAUUCACAGUGGCCAGAAUACAAGAGGAUGGUCUCUUCCUCACCCAAGAUCAGAGCAAGAAGUCAAUCUACACCUAUACCUCACUGGCAUCCCUCUACCUUCCAUUGAUAGAGGACCUGAUCAGUUCUUUUGGUUAACUAAUGGGAUUAAAAACAGAGUUUUUUCGUCCUCAAAAACAUGGGAUGCAUUAAGACCUCGUGCUGCAAUUCAAGAUGUCGCCAAACAUCUCUGGUUCAGCGGUGCGACGCCUAAACAUGCCUUCCACUUCUGGGUCACAAACCUUAACAGGUUACCCACCCGUUCUCGCUUGGCUUCAUGGGGAAUGCAAGUACAAACAGAAUGUUGUGUCUGCAACUCUGAGAUUGAAAAUCGAGACCACCUAAUGCUCACCUGCCACUACGCAACGGUUCUAUGGUCUCAAGUAAGGCGUCACCUUCGAGUCUCCGUCCCAUCAUUCACUGAUUGGACACAACUUAUCCACUGGACUACAUCCUCUAGCUCUACAGCUCCGGGAAACCUGAGAAUGAUGGUUGUUCAAGCUAUGGUUUACAACAUAUGGCAGCAGAGAAAUAAUAAUCUUCAUAACCAGACGCUGCAGCCUCCGGUUUCUUUUGUAAAGGAUAACUACUUUGGUAGACUACAUGGUCUCAGAACCAAUAUUAAAGUCUCCGAAGAAUACAUGGCUGUUAAAACAGAUAUGUCGAAGGCCUAUGAUAGAGUUGAGUGGAGCUUUCUUGAAGUGCUGUUGGAAAAGAUUGGUUUCGACAGAAGAUGGGUUUGUUGGAUCAUGGCUUGUGUCUCUUCAGUCACUUUCUCGGUUUUGCUAAACGGGAAUUCUCAUGGCUUCAUUAAACCAGAACGGGGCAUUCGUCAAGGGGAUCCUCUCUCUCCGUUCUUGUUCAUCCUCUGUGCAGAAGCCUUGGUUAAUUCUCUAAACAUUGCUGAAGCAACUGGACGUAUUCAAGGAAUCAAGCUCUCACCGGCCUGUCCUUCAGUGCAUCAUUUAUUGUUUGCUGAUGAUAGUUUGCUUAUGUGCAAAGCAAACUCGACGGAAGCAACGGAGAUCUUAGAAUGUCUGAAGAAGUAUGGAGAAGCUUCUGGCCAGGUAAUUAAUCUCCAGAAGUCAUCUAUAAUAUUUGGAGCAAAGGUACCAGACAAUAUCAAAGAGGAUGUCAAGAACGUUUUAGGAAUUGUGCAAGAAGGUGGAGAAGGUUCGUAUCUAGGACUUCCGGAAUGCUUUAGUGGUUCGAAAAGGAAACUCCUUAGCUUCAUCAGAGAGAAAUUACAGGGGAGGUUAAAGGGCUGGUUCUCCAAAUCACUCUCCCAAGGAGGUAAAGAAAUACUUCUGAAAUCAGUAGCUCUCGCUCUUCCCGUGUUUGCUAUGUCAUGCUUCAAAUUACCAAAAGAUCUUUGUGCUAAGCUGACAAGUGCAAUGAUUGAGUUCUGGUGGAGCAAUGGUACCAACAAGAAGAAGAUAUCAUGGAUUGCUUGGCAGAAGUUAUGUAAAGACAAGGAGUUGGGAGGACUGGGAUUUAAGGACAUUGAGAAGUUCAAUCAAGCGUUACUUGCGAAACAAGCUUGGAGAGUAUGGAAACAUCCUGAUUCCCUCUUGGCUCGAAUAUUACAGCAUAGGUAUUUCCCUCGGUCAUCCUUCUUGGAAUGUGGUAUUGGGACGAGGCCUUCAUACGCUUGGCGAAGCAUUCAACAUGGAUGGGAGCUUCUCAAAAAGGGGCUGCUUCAUAAGCUUGGUAAUGGGGCAAACACAAAAAUCUGGACUGACUGUUGGAUUAUUGAUAAAGUUCCCAGAGCCCCGAGAUAUAGACAAGACGCCAUUGUGGAUUUGACCUUAACAGUGGAUCAUCUGAUCAACCCUGCGUCAAAAAGGUGGAAUGAGACUCGAGUGAGACAGCUCUUUGAAGAAGAAGAUGUAAGCAUCGUUCUUAAUACUCGUUUCAAUCUACGGUCUGGUGAUUCUUUGGUUUGGGGUUUCUCAAGAAGUGGCGUCUAUGACUCCAAGAGUGGAUAUAAACUCCUUGAAUCCAUACAAGCGUUCCAAUCCCCUACACUGCAGCCCCUUCCUCCUCUAGAGAAAAAGCUAUGGAGUGACCUCUGGAAAACAAAAACUUCUCCAAAGCUCAGACAUUUUUUGUGGCGAGCUCUCUCUGGUGCUCUCGCAGUCAAAGAAAGGUUGAGAUCAAGGGGUAUUAAUUUGGAUACUACGUGCCCUCUGUGUGGACUUCAUCAGGAGACCAUAUGUCAUGUUCUCUUCACAUGUGAUGUGGCUAAGGAAACAUGGGACCGAGCUCAGAUUCCACUCCCAUCUGCAGGUUUUUCACACAACUCAGUUCUUUUGAACUUGUACCAUGUGCUCUCAGUUAGUAAAAAUCAAAGAAUUGGACAAUCUCAGAGGCUACGCUUCCCUUGGAUACUCUGGCACCUAUGGAAAGCAAGGAAUAGCUUCUGUUUUGAACAGAAAAGAUUCACGGCAGCUAACAUUUUCAAGAAAGCAGCUGAGGAAUCUUCCAUUUGGUUUAAGCUCUUUCAGAAAGAUCAGGAAGAAGAAAGUUCAACCAGAGUAUUGGAUAUUGAGAGGGCUUGGCAGAAACCUCCCAUGGGUUUCGUUAAAUGUAAUCUAGGUUGCUCCUGGUCAGCUAGCUCUCAACAUACGGGAGCUUCUUGGGUGAUCCGGAUUUUCGAGGCCAGAGUGAUCAUGGAAAUCUCAUCAGCUCAUACUCUGGAAGCUCUGAAUAAUCCUCAAUGGUUCCCUGGCUUGUCCAAUACCAUUGAACAGACGAGACAAGCACUAAAUUGCUUCCAAAAUUGCUAUGUGGAAGUUGUGAAUGCCGAUACAAACAGAGUAGCCGAGAAGAUCGCUGCCAGUGUUACUAAAGAUGGACGGUUUCAAUCUUAUAUAGCUCGUGGAGGUCCAAGUUGGCUCAAUGAUAUCAUUCUUGCAGAGGUUUCCAAUUCUCCAUCUUCAUACCAAAGAUAA